AGUCAACGCUAUUUGUCGAACGUCACAAUUCACGUGUGGAACUUCUGCCGGUUUCCGCCACCCCCCUCUGACUCUUGUCUUGAGGGACCUUUACAAGUGGCAGAAUCGCAUUAAAAAGUGGUGUGCAACCGCCACGAAAGAAAGAGGAAGGAAAGACAAGUGUAUUCGCGUUUUAAUGGCGUUAAUUGCGUGUUAGCAUUUCGAGCCACUGUUGCAUCUUGCGAGACGAGAUGGCUUACUGGAGGUCAUUAAUUCUUAUUAGACGGACUACCGUGCGUCCUUGGUGGGCGACCUGUCUGUUCUUUUCAUCUAAAGACACUAUAGCUGUUGUCCAGGCAACGUUCCGACCAGUGAAGAACCGUCACAAGAGGCCCACCCAGGCUGAUCUGUCCUGGGAAGACAGGCUGGCCUCUGUGGUCACCCCCCUAUGGAGACUCACUUAUGAUGAGCAACUUGAAGUCAAGCAAAAACACCAGGAGAAGGUACUGGAGCAGCUUUGUGGUGGAGGAAAGAUCCCAUUCCCUGUCCUGCCUAUCCUGCCAUCCCCAGUUAGGGACGGUUACCGGAACAAGUCAACAUUCUCUAUCAACAGAGGAGUGGACGGUAACCCCAAGACAGUUGGGUUUUAUGUGGGCAAAUGGAAGGACAGGAACAUUGUGUGCGUCAAUGGAGACCACCUGCCAAACAUGCCGGAGAAGCACAAACAGGUGGCCAGAUGCUACCAGGAAUUCAUUCGCCGCUCAUCCCUGGAGCCUUGCCUCCUGUUCCACGAGGGCGGCCACUGGAGAGAGGUCACGGUGAGGACCAACGCGGCAGGCCACGCCAUGGCCGUCGUGUAUUUCCACCCACAGGGUCUCACCCGGGAUGAGGUGGUGGCCCAAAAGGAAGAAUUGGCGGAGUUCUUUGCAGGCGGUGCCGGGUCGGCUUGUGAACUGGACUCACUUUACUUCCAGGAGAGCGCCAUGACACGUUGCACACAUGAGGAUUCGCCCUACCAGCUCUUGUUUGGCCAGACACACAUUUAUGAGCAGAUGCUGGACUUCAGCUUCCGCAUCUCCCCAGACGCAUUCUUCCAGGUAAACCAUAGCGCCGCUACAGUGCUGUACAGCACGGUACGAGACUUGUGCGCCCCCAGCACUGAGGACACAUCAGGGACUCUCCUCGACGUGUGCUGCGGUACCGGCGCCAUGGGCAUAACGGCAUCCCCCAGAGUACGGCGACUCGUUGGAGUGGAGCUCAUAGAGCAGGCGGUGGAAGAUGCCAGACACAACGCUGCCCUCAAUAAGCUUGACAAGUGCGAGUUUAUCGCCGGAAAAGCAGAGGUCGUCCUCCCUGGCCUCGUGUCCCGGCUGGCGUCCGAGGACGGGUGCCUCGCGGCCGUGGUGAACCCCGCCCGCGCCGGUCUCCAUCACCGAGUGAUCCGGGCCUUGCGCAACCAGCCUGCCAUCCGUCGUCUGGUCUACGUGUCCUGCAAGCCGGACGGGCAGGCCAUGAGGAACUUCACGGAGCUUUGUUGCGCACCUGACCCAGAGAGGAAACUGGCAGGAGAUGCGUUUUCGCCACGUCUGGCCGUGCCUGUGGACAUGUUCCCGCACACCGAACACUGUGAACUGGUGAUUCUCUUUGAGAGGUAGCAAAUGGCACAUUUCAGAUAUCGGAAUCACGUUGACUGUUUUAGUGACGGCUUCACUGCACACCUUGUGGGACGCCUGGCCAUUAUGAUAGCAUAAAGUUGUACAGCUACUGGAAAACAGGUUUACCCUGGGGGGGUGAAAAUGUUAAUUGUUGUGUAAAUAUAAAGCAAGACGGGAACGAGCACAAAACGGACUUAGCCUUGAUAGCAAUGUAACUUCAUUCUAAUACAAUCCAUUGGCAUCGGAAAUAAUGAGACUAUUAAAGAAUUCUGCAAUGCACACAACUGAUGCAAACAGGACACCAAAACAAGGAGAAUAUAUUUUCUUUAUCAAAUGCAGCAAUCAACCAUAUAAUGCAGUGAAUGUGUGCACAAACAAAUGUAUUUAAAUAAAUAGGCAUUCCUCAGUGCACAAGUGAAGGCAGGACAUGCAAGGCAGCAGCAAUCAUGCUUAAAAAUAUUUCAAGGUAGGCAAUAUUUUCAAAGCUAAAUAGUCACAUCUCAAAUUGAAACUGUAAAACACAGCCAAGAGCACACCUUGUUCCUCUCUGUCUCAUUCCCAUUGAUAUAUUUUUCACCCAUGUUUAUGUGAAGUUACUGUAAAACAGACCAGCUCGCCAUGAUUUUAAUGUCCUUUAGAAUGGAGACAUUUCUUCUUAAUCAACGGAAAUCAACAUUGCGGAG